AUGUCUGAAAAUGAACAAGAUCAAAUUCAUUUAACUAACAAUUCCCUUUCCACUAAUCAUUAUGAUGAAUUAAUGAAAACCGAUGAAAUUUUCAUUCAUCCAACUACUGAUAAUAAUAAUAACAUGAAGAAAAAAUGUUUACACAGUAUUAAACGUGUACAUAAAUUAAUUGAAGAAGAAUUAUUGAUGGAAUAUGAUAUGAAACCGAACAAUAAGACAACUACACAAACACCGCCGUCAACCAGCACCACAACCACAACCACAGCCACACCGACAUUAACUACCAUUGUUGAUUAUGACAAUGAAAUGAGUCGACGGAAUAAAUUAUCACGAUAUCAUGAACAGAAUGAAUUUUCUACACCGUGUCAUAUGAUUUCCAAUAAAAAAGAUCCUAAUCGACCAUUUAUGUUAACGCCAAAACAUUGCACUAAAACAACAUCGACACCAACAAGUCUACUGUAUGAUUUAUUAACAGGUACAGAGAAUUUUGAUUCUGUUUAUAUGAGAAGUCAACUAGUGUUUGUUACAUGUGAACAAACUAAAUCAAUGAAUCGACGUAAAAUCAAUCAUUCAAGACGUCGUAAAUCACUGAAACCAAGAAAACGUUUAAACAGUAUACAAUACAUGGAAACUUCUAUGAGUAGUAAUGAUAGAAAAGUUUUUGAAGAAAAUCAUUUAGAUGAGAAAUUAUCAUCGUCUUCACCGCUAUCCGCCUCCUCCUCCUCCUCCUCCUCGUCGUCGUCACCUUCUUCGUCCUCACCGUCAUCAUCGCUGUCAUCUUCUUCAUCGUCAUCUAUGUUGAGCCCGUCACAGUUGAAUUUAUUAACAUGUUCUCAGGUCUCUCCACACAAAUUAUUCGAUGGAAUUGAAUAUUUGAAAAAUAAUCACAUGUUACAUUCCCAAUCACAGAUUAAUCAUUGUUCCACUGCGUGUUCGGAUACUGUCACUAGCGUCACCACCUCAUGUACAACCUCCACUAUGGUAAACAAUCAUGAGUGUUCUGAACAACCACUCGACUUAUCCUCAGCCUCUUGUCAUUCCAAUCAAUCAGCUAUAUGCAAUAAUAACUUCAAAUUUAAUAAUAUUCCUCAAUCAAAUAUAAUAAUUCCAAAAAGAAGGCGAAGUUUUGCCGGUGAUUUCGAUUAUUACACUCCACGAUUAUCUAAUAAUCCAAAUAUUAUACGACAUAAUUCAGUAACAUUGCCUAUAUCUCCAAAAGUCAAUAAAUUUCGGUGGAAUUGUAUGAAUUCAAAUCCAAAUACUACUACUACCAGUAAUAAUAGUAGUAUAAAACUUGAACAUAAUACAUCAGAAUUAAAAAAUACUGAACAAAAAUCAAAUGUAAAUAAUCUUGCUAAUACAUUAUUAUUGAACAAUAGUGAUUCUAUUUUACAAGGAUCUAAUUUACUUAGUUUAAUUCUAUCACCAGUUUGUUAUCAAAUUGCACUAUCCACUGCAUUUGCUUUAUGUGCAUCAUCGAUUUUUCAGUCUUUCAGUAAUAUCAUUAAUCGAUCAAAUCAUUUCUCUAAUUCAUCAUUUAUUAAUAAUAAUAAUAAUAAUAAUCUUAAAACAACAAAUGAACUAGUCCAAAAUCAACAUUUUUCAUCGAAAUUCAAUCAAUCGCCAGCAUCAUCAUCAACAUCAUCAUCGUCAGAAUCAUCAGUUGAAACUCCAAAAACUGUACAUAAACAACAUUCCCCAGCAGUAUCAUCAAAGUUCAAUGUAAAAAAAUUCAAUUCAUUGUUAAAAUUAAAAACCGGUGAAAAUGUUCCAUUGAAAAAAUCCACUACAAAUUUAUGUUUCUUCCCAAAAACUACACAACUAUCAUUGAAUGAUCAGACAAAAAAGCAUUUGAAGCAAAAAAUAAACAAAUCUUCAUGCACCACGCCUCAUGCAAUUUAUCAACAUUCCAAUAAGAAAAAGCAUAAAAUCAAUAACAAUGUUGUUACACAACUAGCUGACAGUGAGGAUGAUGAGGAUAAGACUGAUGACAAUGUGAUCAAUGCUCAACAUUCCUUUAUCGCUUCAUCUUUUAAAAAUUCCAGUCAAGAGUCAAUGUUUUUUUUUAAUCAAUUAAAACAAUGGUUUAUACAAAUGAUCAAUUUAAUUGAACGACCAAAAUUAGCAAUGAUUUCUUUUGUACACAAAAGGUAUCAUAAUAUAACAAAAGUGAAAUCAAGAAAAUCUCUAGAAAAAUUAUCAAAUCUAUCAACGUUAUUUAAAACAAAUCUAUUAGAUCAAUCAUUUGAUAAUCGAUUGAAACUUUUAAACAAAUCAUGGUAUCGAUUAUUGAUAGUUUAUUUAAUUGAAUAUAAACAAUUGAAUUGUUUGUUGACAAUCAAUUCAUCGCUGUCGCCGUCGCCGCCAUCCUCUUCGCCACUGCCACCAACUGAUGACAGCAAAUUGAAUGAGGAAAAAUUUAAAUCUAUUGAACUGAUGAAUUUAUUUCAUGAUGAUAUUCAAUCGAUUGCAUCAAUAUGUUAUGCAUUGAAAUUUACACAUUCAAUGUACAAUUUACUUCGUAUUGGUUUAUUAAUUUUAGGCAAUGAUCAAGAAGCUCAGUCAAUCGGUAAUAUUGAUUUACUGGAACAAGCACUACUGGAAUAUUUAGUCACUUCAACAGACAUCAAUAAGAAGUCCGAUUCCAAUUUAAACUUAUCAUCACAAAGCUGUCAAACAUUAAAUAUCAAUCAUUCUCAUAGUUCAACUACUACAACUACUACAACUACCAGUGUUCAUUCUGAUGUGCUCAACUGUAGCAAUAUGAGUAACAGUAGUAGUAGUAGUAGUAGUAGUAACAGCAGUAGCAACGACAACAUCUCUAUCGAUACCUUAUCAUCUAUGAUACAUAUACUAAUUGAGAAAUUAUUAAAUCUCACUAAAGAUUCAAUUAUUUUCUCAGUAUCUAAUCAAUUAGGUGAUUCUGUUGAAGAAUUAUUCCAUAGCUUGAUCAAAAUCUCACGAACCUAA